UCAAUGUACUGUGCUGAGUUUUACACCUUUAUCUUGCUCCCGGAAAAGCAAGAAUUAUAAGAAUAAUCUUGUACAAAUCAAAGAAAAGAAGGAAAACAGUCACAUAUUACUGGUUAUGUUCAGUCAUGUUUAGUUAUUUAUAGGAGGCUGAAUGUGCAGUGGGCUGUCCAACAUCAGCUCAUCCAAACACACGCUUGGGAUUUCUCGACAUAACCACCCGUACACACCAUAUGCACAGGAGGGUGCAGUGAGUGUAUGCUGAAGACACACUUACAAUGCGAGCAGAGACCCUGAUUACAGGCUUAUUUUUGCUGAGCUUAAGUGGAGGAGAAGAGGACCCGAAAAGCAUUUCAUUUAGUCCAGGUUUUCAACUGUUUGUUAAAGGUAUUCACGUCAAGGCUCCCAAACUGCAGAUCUUACUACCUUUAGGACUUUGGGCAGAGACGUCUGACUCCGCCAUACUUAUGUGCAUCAUCACAGGGUUACACACCAAAACACCACACGUCACCUGGAAGAUUAAUAAGACAACAGUGAUGCAAAAACACACCACAGUUGAUGUCUUCAAGGAGCUUGAUGGUACUUUCACUGCUUUAGGGCUCUUUUUCCCCACACCAGGUUUCGAGCUGAAGAGUGAUGACGUGUACAGAUGUGAGGUUGAACAAAAAGGAAUAACUUACUAUGAAGAAGUAUGGAUGUCUCGAUGUGAACAAUGAUAUCCAGUGGAUUUAUUUGAUGCUUCUUGAACUCUGGAUUGUUAAGGACCAUGUGGAGGCCCUACUCGGGGUUGCCAGGUUUUUCAUAGAUGGUUAAGAGAAGUAUACACUUUUAGGUAUGUAGGUGGAAGGAUAAUGGUAAAUGGACAGUGAAUGAAGAAUUUGAUAAAUGGGGCAGGGGUAGCUCAGUGAUUAAGGUGUUAGACUACUGAUCAGAAGGUUCCAGGUUCAAGCCCCAGCACAAAAAAGUUGCCACUGCUGGGGCCUUGAGCAAGAUUCUUAACACUCAACUGCUCAGAUGUAUAAUCAGAUAAAAAAAAAAAUCUCUCUGGAUAAGGGCUUCUACCAUAAAGAUGAUGUUGCACUACCGAGUUGUCAUUGUUGGCCCUUGAGAAAGGCCCUUAACUCUAAACUGCUCAGAUAUACAAGGUGAUUCACUUCAAAGCACCCAUGAACAUUCUGUAAUAACUCUCACUAUGAUGAAGCAAUCUGAAUAAAAAAUAAAAAAAAUACACUAUAUACCUUGACGUAUGUUUAAUGGAUUGUCUUACAUUUAAUGCUGGCAGUGAUCUCAGUUUUCUGCCAGAUACAUUUUGACUCAGCGCUUCAUGUUCCUGUUUAUAUUGGCAAGGAUAUCGAGAGGAAUAGCAGCAAUUUCCUGUUGGAUCUCCCCCUUUUAGGAAGACCAUAUUUCUUUUCUUAAACAAAUUAGUGACCCAAUAGGUUUGCACCAUGAAGAUGCAGCUUUUAUUACUGUACACCGCUAUCCUGUUGAAAAGUUGAGUGGUGAAUGAAGGGGUACGGCAUUAAGCUACACGAUAGCUGUCUGGCACCUACUUCAUGGGUCCGACUCAGGGACUCAGUCCGACUUCCUGGCGUGUUCAAAGCUCCAUAUACUAAGGAGCACAUUGUACAUUGUUUUUCUUCAGAUUGCUUUAUCUUAGCGUGAGUUAUUAUAGAAUAUUGGGGGCCUCUUUCGAGUGAAUCUCCCUGUAUAAUCAGGUAAAAAAAAGUACAGUAUGUAAUUCUGGAUAAGGGCGUACCCCAAAUGUCAUAAACGUUAAUGUAUACAUGUAUAAUGUAUACUGCUUAAAGAACAUGCAUGAAUGUUCUGGUAUUUGUCAGUAAAUUGAUUUGCUCAUAGGUUAUUCUUUAUAUUCUUUAUAAUGAUAAUCUAUGCAAUAAUAUAAGACCAAUUAAGACCUGGAUAAUUAAAAAUAGGAGGUUAGGACACAAUGUAAACAUCAUUUAAAGGUCCCAUAUUUUAUUGUUCCUUUAACAAGUUAACACACGUCUCAGAGAUCUACCAAAGUGUGUCUGUCAAUGCUCCAGCCUUAUACCUCAAAUUUAAUUUCACUAAAUGUGUAGAUUCAGUGUUUAGGUAAAUGGGCUUCUUCUGGGCUUCAGCAGAGAACAGUAGAGCUGAAGAAUAACCUGGGGUCAUAUGAGGUCACAUUAAAAGGAAAGACCCUUCUGUAUGUCUAAAAUAACCUAAACAGGAAAUCCUUUGUUCCGUGUAAAAUGUUCAUGUAAAUAUUAAAAUAUACACUAACCAUCCUGUUUAAAAUGAAUACAGUAUAUGUCUGUGUGUUCAUAACAUAAUCCACUGCCUGCUCUUUUCAGUUUGGGUUAGAAUGUCUGAACAGUUUUCUCUAACCCUCUCGUAUCAACAUGGCCUUUCCAUCACAUGGACUUUCACUACUGCUACUCAUUGCAUGUUUUUAUUAUUAUUAUUAUUAUUAUUAUUAUUAUUAUUAUUAUUAUUAUUGUAGUUGUAGUUUUAUUUAAACUCCAGUAACUGACAUGCAUGAUCUUUAGGAAUCCCCCCAAAAUACUCAAACCAAACAUUCUAAAAUACUCAUAUCAGCCUGUCUGUCUCCAGCUAAAUUUUUCUUUAAUUCUCAUGCUUGAGAAUUAUAUGUAUGAUGAUUGAGAAUAAUA